AUGGCUGCCGAGAAGAUCAUAACAUGCCUCUUCAUUUUAGUUGUUUUUGCUGCAUUCAUCUCCUUCACCCAAGCCAACCAAGGUACACAACUCCCAGAUUCAAACCACGAGACAAGUUCAACUGGAAAGGAGCUAGUGAAUGGUGCAAACAAGAAUUGGGUAAUUUUUAGAGGGAGAAAAAUGGUGCAAAUGAAGAAGGUGAAGGAUGUGAAAACGAGAGGGUCGACUGCUACAGAUUCAUCAAAGUGUGAUCAUCAGUCAGGUUUCCUGGAUUUCAACGUUGACUAUCAUGCACCAAGGCACCAUCCUCCUAAGAAUAACUAAUCAAGCAACAUGUAUAUCUCUAUAUAUCUAUAUCCAUAUAUAUCUAUAGUAGUUUUCUUCAACAAAGAAUGUUAAAAUGAAGGACUAGCUUUGAUAUCAGGAUUUUUUUUUGUUGAA